CACCGGAAGUGAAAUUGGCGCCUGAGGCAGCCCGGGAGGCGGAAGUGCGGCUGUGGCUUUGAAAAAGAAGAAACUUCGCCGAACCUUAAAAUGGGCAACACAAGCAGUGAACGUGCUGGAGUGGAGCGCCAAGGAGGGCACAAGACUCCUCGGAGGGACAGCUCUGGAAAGGAAGGGGACAGGCCCAAGAUCUUGAUGGACAGCCCAGAAGAUGCUGACUUGUUCCAUGGGGAGGAAAUCAAGGCUCCCCUGGAAAAAGAUGAAUUCCUGGCUUGGCAGCAUGAUGUGGAAGUGAACGAUAAAGCUCCCACUCAGGCCCGGCCGACUGUCUUCCGCUGGACUGGAGGAGGCAAAGAGGUGUACUUAUCAGGCUCAUUUAACAACUGGAACAAACUUCCACUUACACGGAGCCACAAUAAUUUUGUAGCCAUCCUAGACCUCCCAGAAGGUGAACACCAAUACAAAUUCUAUGUGGAUGGUCAGUGGACACAUGAUCCUUCAGAGCCUGUAGUAACUAGCCAGCUGGGGACUCUCAACAAUGUUAUUCAGGUGAAGAAAACAGAUUUUGAAGUAUUUGAUGCUUUACUGGUGGACUCCCAAAAGUGCUCUGACAUGUCUGAGCUGUCAAGUUCCCCUCCCGGGCCCUAUCACCAGGAUCCCUAUAUUUGUAAGCCAGAGGAGCGCUUCAAGUCUCCCCCUAUUCUUCCUCCACAUCUGCUGCAGGUUAUCCUAAACAAAGACACGGGCAUAUCGUGUGAUCCUGCUCUGCUUCCGGAGCCUAACCAUGUCAUGUUGAAUCACCUGUAUGCACUGUCCAUCAAGGAUGGGGUGAUGGUGCUCAGUGCCACCCACCGUUACAAGAAGAAAUACGUGACUACUUUGCUGUAUAAGCCCAUAUGAACUAGUACCCAGGCUGCCUAGUCUGUGGAGUAGCAGAGGGAACAAACCAAAAAACAAUCAAACCCAAAGACCAUCCACUUUGGUGAAGCAGUAGCAGACUUGCUCUCAAGUCAUACCAUUUUUUUUAAAGUCCAGAUCUAUUGCAUAGCUGCCUUGCUCUCUCCUUCCUGCUGUGGACGUUCUUCUAAUCAACACACAGGCCCACUGCUGACCCGCCAGUGGAAUUUAAAAAAUGGACCAGUCCCCGAUUGCUUGUUUUUCAAAGAAAAAAAAUAUGCACAAGCUGCUGAGAACAUUUCGUUUAGAGCAUUGGCGGUGGGGGAGCCCUUCAUUAGCACACUCAGAACAGCUCUGCCAGUUUUAAGGGAUGGUAAUUUGUGUACCUUACUCAUGAGUGCUGAAGUCCCAAAAGCACUUCCACUGGUUCAUUCUUCAGUAGGUGCAUGAGAGAAGCCCUUUCUGUUAAAGUUCUUUGGGUCAAACUCAGAUGCAUUCACUUGUUCUUCCCUGUCCCCCAGAUCAUAGCCUUUCUUCUCCAAAUCUUUGCCAAGCUUCAAAGUGCUGGCAGAGACCGUGGGCUUCUGUUAUGUUUUCCAGGAAGUACUGUGAGGCAACCGAUUAAUCUUAUAAUUUAUCGUAACAGAGCUGACAGCUCUAAAUUGGUGGGUCUGAUUUUCUAAUAGCAGCACUUAUCAUGUCAGCUGGAAGGGGUCCAAGUUACUGCAGAGGUCUGGGACCAACCCCCCUAGCUCUCUACAAGCCCUCCCCCGCUUCCACUUGGGCUAUUAAUCAUGCAUGUGUUUCCCAAGCCAUUCUGUGUGACAAGAAACACAGUCCAUCUCUUUCCCAAAGACUGCCACCUGCAGAGAGGGUGCUACUGUACUCCAGGGGGAGGAUCUCUCCCCUAAAAAUGGCUGAUUUCAUUUGCUGCAGUACUUGGCAGAGAACUAACUGCUCAAAGGACCACCCCAGCCAGAAGUGAAAAAGAGAGAGAAAACGGCCUGCCUCUUUUCUAAUGCCAGUGAGUGAAUGUGCCGGGGGCUCAAGAUGCAGACACUCCCAAGCCUGCUAAGGAGCCGGCUUGUGCCUUUUAGCCAAGUGAGCCCGUGUGGCGUCAUAAUUCUGUAGCAGCCCUCUGAUCCUGGGCAGAUGUGUUUUGCUUUAAUGGGUCUAUGGCUACGUAUACACGCUCCCACGUUGCUGUGGGGAACCGUAUUUCACGUCCACCCUUGUUCUCUGUUGUAGUAUUAGUCCUUUCCAGAAUUGUUAACAAUAAAAGCAUUUGUGGUAUGAAUGACUAAUGUUAAUUUGCACCCAUAUAUCUCAGAGGUGUUCAAAUUAGGAUCUGCCCCCCUCCCAUCAAACUACACUUAUAACCUGUUCCUUCCACACCCUGUUGUUGUAUGAAAGCUGGGGG